AUGGAUCUACAAUGUGCCAAAGUAAAAAAUCCAUGUAAAUUCUGUCUGCAGGGUGUUACUAACAAGAAUGGACUACAGUGUAUGGGAGCGUGUGGAAGAUGGGCUCAUUAUAAGUGCCUUAGCUAUACUCCAGGCAAAAUUUCUGACAUAAAAGCUGGACUCAUAAAAGUGACUUGCCCUUGCCCGGAUUGCAACACAUCACAACCAAAGGAAUUUUUGAAAAACCCUCCCUAUUCAUGUUCAAAUCAUGAAUGCCCUGCUAAUAAGCUCCCUAAAUGUGAUUCUUCGGGGUGCCCAGCGAAUCGGAAAAACGUGGUGUCUUUCCCAAGUCCGCCGUCUCCGGAAUAUAAAGAUCCAUGCAGUCCAGUUUCAUCUAGUCCGAAUAGCCCUAGUAGUCCAGCCAGCCCUGACAGCCGAGAAUGUCCUCCUAGAAAUCCUCCCACUUGUAUUCGUGCUCCAACUCCACCAACUCCUCCAAGUCCCCCAAGCUGCCCUCCAAGUCCGCCUCGUUGCCCAGCAAAACCUCGUUGUUACUCGCCAUGCCCUCCAUGCUGUCCAGGUCCAACGAAUGCUCCACCAUGCCCUGUAACUCCUCCGCCAUGUCCGCCAAACCCACCCAAAUGUCCGCCACCUCCUCCUAAGUGCCCUCCACCUCCACCCAAAUGUCCACCACCCCCACCCAAAAAUCCUCCACCCCCUCCUAAAUGUCCCCCUCCAAAGUGCCCCCCUCGUAAGUGCUCCCCUCCUAAGUGCCCCCCUCCUAAGUGCCCCCCUCCUAAAUGCCCUUCGACCCCUCGAUGUAGAACUCCGAGCCCCUCCUGUAAGCCCCCACCAUGUUCAAAGCCAAAGUCACCUCGAUGCCCUAGCUCACAAAAACCUACUUGCCCUCCUCCAGCCAAACCUUCUUGUUUUCCUGCUUCUCCUCCAACCCCUCCUUGUCUCGUUCAAAAUUAUAGUGCUACACGACGACCGAAUCAUUCUGUUCCACAGCAGCCUGCGUAUGUUGACGUCGGAACUCCAAUGAAAUCACCAUCUUGUUCAGUUUUAUCUUAUGACGUUCCAGAGGUUUCAUCAUCAUUUGAAAAAACGUCAUCGGUAGUGUUGAUGGCAAAUAACUCGGACUAUUCCAUGAAUGCAUAUGAUGAGGAUAUUCCACAAGAGGAGGCGGCAUUGAAAGCUACUUCAGCAACUCAGAUUCCUGAAGAAAGGGACAACAACAUUUAUAACUCACCAUCUUUUGACUAUCAGUGCAGUCAGACGUACAUUUCAUCGUCGCUCACGCAGAUCGCGUAUGACCCAGAAGAAACUAUGGUAUCCAAUCUGCAGAAAAUGAAUGCAGCUAUCGACCAACUCAGUUCAAAAAUUAAGUCUUUCAUGAAAAAAGUUGAAAUGCGUGAACGUUGA